AAAAGGCCUAUUUUCAGAUGACGAAAAUAUAAACAUGAAAAUGGCUGCAUAAUAAAUAAUAAUAGACAGCAGAACCUUGAGAAUGGACACAAUUUAAUAUCAAAAUAAAAUCCAAAGUUAAUUCCUCCAAAGGAAAGUGGUUUAUCAUAAGUUGUACAAUCGAUUAAUCUAAAUUUACGUGAAUAAAACCGAGUCAAAUGGAAAAAUUGCGUUUGGUUGAAGUUUUGUAGUUUGUGCAAGAGUGCAAAAAGUUGACUGGGACGACUGAGUUUGUUCGCAAACAAAGAGUGUCGAAUAACUUGUUACGAUAAAACAGUGUAUGAUCUCAAAGUAAGUUUGCGAAUAAAAAAAAAAGUGCAUAGAAGACAAUUGGAAAUUGCCAAAAAGACAAAUUAGACUGAAGUACCGAAUAAUAAGUGUAAUGUGUUUACGGCUAAAAUCGAAAGAUUGUAUACAUCUCACGGUGAAAAAAGGAAUUUCAGUACAUCCAACCACAAUGUUUAGAAUAUCUGUGUUUAAUCCAACGGGCUGUAUUGCCUCAAAUGCCCCAUGCCUUUGCUGCGGCAAAUAAAUUGAGUACAUCAUCUCAUUGAAGAAUAAGACAAACCAAAAUAAAAAUAUACUAUAUUAGUAUUUCGAAUUGUAUUGAGUCCGAGAAAAAUACAAUCGAUAAAGUAGCUAGUCUGAAAGUCAAUCAGAAAAAAGAAGAGAAAAAAAAAAGCGAUAACGAUUGCUAGCAAAGCAUAAACGGUAACCGAGUAAAAACAAAAAUAUAAACUGAUUUGAUACAAAAUCGAGCGUUAAGAGAAAAGGGAACGCAUAGAGCUAUUGCGCAUUUGACAACAAAGAUUUUUUGCUAAAAAUACCGCGAUUGGACCCAUUCUAGUGAAUAUCUAAAAAUACGAAUCAGCCUGUGCGAAUAAUAUAUGGUGAGCGAAAAAUCGCGCAAACAAAACAAAACCUUGGAAUCAGCUACAUAAACAUAAACAAAGAGGAAAAUUAAGGAGGAAACAUUUUGCGCACAACAAUCCUCAAAAUCUCAAUAAAAAUGAAGUUGUUGGAAAAUUCAAAAUUUGAAGCCAUCAACAAUGCAUUGUCAAUUAAGACGGGAGAUAGUGCGGUUAUUGGACGCAUUGAAAGUUAUUCAUGCAAAAUGGCUGGCACAGACAAAGCGCUGUACAAACGAUUCACCAGCGAAACCAAUGCAAAUGACUUACAGGCACUAUCGCCGCCGGUUGGAUUUAUGGAUAUGUCACCGAACAUUGGACGCGGUAGUAAUUCCGGUGAUGAAAAUACCGUCCUAUGCGACACCAUAUCGCGCAAAUCUCUAUUUUAUCUAAUUGGAACGCUCAAUGCGGCAUUCGAACCAGACUAUGAUUUUUCCGAUGCAAAGAGUCAUGAAUUCAGCAAGGAGCCGUCGAUACAAUGGGUUAUGAACUCGGUGCAUUCAAAUUUAUCGGCCAUUGCUGGCGAACAAUUCUCUGCAUUGCGGCAAGCACUCUGGACCGCAAUCAACGACGAAAUCAAUUUGAACGAGUGUGAUAUUUACAGCUAUAAUCCGGAUUUUAAUUCGGAUCCGUAUGGUGAACCGGGCUGCCUAUGGUCGUUCAACUACUUUUUUUACAACAAGAAACUCAAACGUAUCGUAUUUUUUACAUGCAGAGCAAUUAAUUCAGUUCAAAUGGACGCUUCAGACUCAUCAGUAAUUGGCCUUGAAUUCGCAAUGGAAGAAGGUGGAAUGAUUUAAACAGCAAACUCAUUCUUUUACUGAAAAAGUUGAAUUUCGCAAAAGAUCUUCAUACACUGUGUAUGAUACACACAGCAGCAGCAACAACAACAACCAAUUUUGCUGGAUUUUUACACUCAUACAUAUUCUUACAUUUUAAUCCACGAUUCAUUGAAUAUUAUUAAACAUGGAUAAACAUAAUAAUAAGGAGCUGUCAUCGUUGCGAGCUCGAUAGUUUCACCGCCCGGCGAUCUGUUUUGGGACACGGUUGACACAUCACGUACAACCGAUUUCAACGAAUCAAUUACUAUGAAUGCAGCAGAGCUGGUGCAAUUGUUUUGUGAAACUAUCGAGCUCGCAAUAUUAAAAACUAGUUUAUGGAUGAAUUACACUUUGAAUGUAUAAGUGAUAUGGUAAACAAACUAACAAAACACAACAAAAAACAACACACUUAAAUGUAGUGAUAGUGCUUUCUUGAAAUGCAUUCAAAAAAUAUUCAAAAUUCGAAUUUAUGUUUGGAUAGACGCCAGUUAAAUUUAUUAGAGGUGCGGUAGCUUCGAUAGGUUUUCAGACAUCGUACAUCAAAUUCAAAAAAAAAAAAAAAAAAA